AAAAAACACAUAAACAAACGACAAAAUGUUAUACUCUGUUGUUAUAUAUUUAACAAACAUACCACGUCUACAUUUAUGGGCAUUUGCAAUAUUAGGAUAUGUAGUUUAUUAUUUAAUACAAGUAGUUAAGCGUCCAAUUUUAGCCUGUUCCGAUGGACCUUUUAAGACGUUUUUAUACCGUUACAUACCAACAUUGGAAAUGAAAUAUUGGCCGACAUUUUGGUGUUUUGAAAGUCGUGCCCAAACUGUAUUUGCCAGUAUUAUUAGAUCUCAAAUAUUACCAAAUAUUAACUAUCGAAGAGAAAUUUUAAGGCUGACCGAUGGCGGCGAAGUAGCAUUAGAUUGGAUGGAAGAUGGCUGCGCCGAUGACAGUCCAUGUGUUAUUAUAUUGCCUGGUUUAACAGGCGAAUCUCAAGCCGAAUAUAUUAAGUGUUUAGUUUUAGCCGCAAAUCAAGUUAGUUUACGUGUUGUCGUGUUUAAUAAUCGUGGCCUAGGAGGCAUUGAGCUGAAAACUCCACGUCUGUAUUGUGCCUCAAAUUGUGAAGAUUUGUCAGAGGUGGUGCGGCAUGUGGGCAAAAAUGUACCCAAAGAUAAGUUGGGUGCUACGGGUAUAUCUAUGGGUGGUUUGAUAUUGGGUAAUUAUCUGGUACGCAAAAGUGAGGAAGCUCGUACAUAUUUGGGUGCAGCAAAUAUAAUAUCAGUGCCUUGGGAUGUUCACAAGGGAACAAAAAGCAUAGAAAAGCCCAUAUUAAAUAAUCUGCUCGGACGGCAUUUGACAAAUAGCCUUUGUAAUACAUUGAAAAGCUGUGAAAUUUUCAAAAUGUGCGAUGACAUAGAUAUGGAUAAAAUUUUAAUGUGUAAAACCAUCAAGGAAUUCGAUGCCUUAUUUACAUCCAAACAAUUUGGUUAUGCCCAUGUUGAUGAUUAUUAUACAGACGCAACGCUGCACGAUAAAUUACACAAAAUUACGGUGCCUACCUUGUGCCUCAGUGCAGCCGAUGAUCCAUUCCAACCGCUUGACGCCAUACCCAUUAAGGCUGCCGAAGAAUGUUCACAUGUUGCAAUUGUUAUUACGGCCCGAGGCGGUCACAUUGGUUUUCUUGAGGGCUGGUGGCCAUCGGUUAAGGAACAAUUUAUGAGUCGUUUAUUUGCGGAAUUUUUCUCAAAAGCUUUAUGCGACAAACGUCAGGAAUUUCAAAAUGUCACCGAAGAUAUGUAUGAAAAUUAUAAAGUAGGCAAAGAGUUGUGGCCAAAGGAUAAAGAUGCAGAUGAAGUGGCCACAUUACCAGUGGUUGCGGGUGAUAAGCAAGAACAAAAAAUGGCCAUGAAAUUGUCUUCGUCGUUUUUGAACAGUGAACAGCUGGAAGAGUUGAUGAAGAAAGAUAUUUAG